AUAGAGGUCGUCAUAUAUCGACCGUUAAGCCAAGACUGAUUUUACACGUGGCACGAAGUGCAAAACAACUUUAAAAACCUCACGAUCUUAGACUAAGAUUGAUAUAUAAACAGCAGAAGUUACGUCACGGUGACCUUAACCAGGUAGUCCGCAGUCAAUCGACCGUUCGUCAACCAGAGAGUUCCGUUCUUUCAUACGCCAAGCAAUGUCUCUAUCCGUUAGACUGAUUCUCGCCAGACGGUGCAUGCCCUGUCUCGAUGGCAUCCGGCGAGUCGUCAGACAUGCAUCGACUUAUACCACGAACGAGGACAUCGAUCCGAUCAAGAAGUCGGUAUUCAUCUCGCAAUCCACGGACGUGUCUGUCAAUUUGGCGCUGGAGCACUGGCUGUAUCGCAACCUCGACCUCUCUAAACACCACGUACUGCUCCUUUGGAGAAACGAUCCGUGCGUAGUGUUCGGUCGUCAUCAGAAUCCCUGGCUCGAGUGUAACAUUCAUGUGGCUGAAAAGGAAAACAUUGUUUUGAUACGACGAAAUAGCGGUGGCGGUACCGUUUAUCACGACAGAGGCAACCUCAAUUUGUCAUUCUUCACGCCGAAACAAAGAUACGAUCGGAAGUAUAAUCUCAAUAUCAUCAAAACCGCCUUGUUCCGACAAUGGGGCUUAAAGAGCGAGAUCAACGAACGUGACGAUAUUAUAGUCGACGGAGAUUACAAGGUAUCCGGAACGGCUGCAAAGUUAGGACAAUCGAAUGCUUAUCAUCAUUGCACGCUUUUAGUUAACGUGAAUAAAAUCAAUCUGAGUUCUGCUCUUGCAAAAAAAGAGAAUGGUAUCAUUACGAAUGCGACGACUUCUACGCGUUCAAUAAUAAAAAAUUUAUCCGAUAUAAAUCGAAAUAUCCAAGUGGAUAAACUUAUAUCCGCUAUUGGCUGGGAAUAUAUGCGUACGAAAGCUCUUGUUCUCGAAGACGCGAGAUAUGAUCUUGUUCAGCAACAGAAAGGCUUCCAGUAUGUCAACCCAACCGAAGAUUGGUUUCCUGGAAUUGACAAGAUUAUCAGCGAGUUUCGUUCCUGGGAUUGGAAUUUCGGCAAGACGCCGAAGUUUACAGUUAUCCGUGAGCUCGAUGUUCCCACUCAUGAUGGUAAAAUGCAUCGCUUAAAUUUAAAAUUAGAGAUACAGAACGGUAUCGUAGAGGAAAUCAGAAUGACCUUGCCCGCUGGAUUAGUAUCAGCCGACAUUAAUCAAGAUGCAAGUGCGCAUCUUGAUCUUCAUGUGAUUAGCAAUCUUCGUGGUACAAGAUACAACCAUGAAGUAACAGAAAAUAUAAUUACUGAGAUUGGUGGCAAGAUCGUUACAUUAAACACGAGCCAAAGCGUAGAUGAUAACAAUGUAAGGAGAUUUGACGAGGCUACGUUACAAUGACCCGAAACUUCGGAUAACCACACUGUCUAAAGUUUUAUUGUGUUCAAAAA